CCUCUCUCUAAACAUCCCAAAAACAUUUCCUCCUCCUUCUCUCUUCAUUUCUCAACCCCAAAUCAUCAACCCAUCUUCAACCAUAACUAAUCACUUUCUCAUCCAAGAUUAAGUCAAGAUUAGCAUCAAAGCUCCAAGGAUUGUCAUCUAUCACAAGUUUGAUCUUCCUUAUCUCAUUAAAUCUUGUAUUUUAAUCAUGGAUUCAUCUAUUUCUAUGUUUCCCAACAUGUAUAGCUAAAUAAAUUUGGGGCUAGAAAUUGGUUAAUUAAUUGUUCUUAUCAUGUUUUAAUUUGUAUUGAUUUUAAUUGUUAAGUUUGUUCUAUUUAGAUUGUUGUGUCCAGAAAAUUAAUUAUGUCGUGUUUGUGAUAUAUAUUAUGAGUACUCAAUCAUAAACAUAUUGUUUGUUAAAUACACAAAUGAACACUUUCUGAACACACCGUUAAACUUCUUUUACCUUGUCCCGGAUUGAAGUUUUACGGGAGAAUUUAAUUAUUUAAUUAUAUUAUUUACACCACGGGGUUGGGUAAUUAAUAUAGUUAAUAAUUAAGGUUGCCGUUGCACUUAAACAACUAGUCUCAUUUUGGCCAUCACUGAGAAAUGUUGACUAGUUACUUAUUUUAGGUGACUUGUGUUGGGUCCUAAAAUAUUUAUCUACAACUUCUCACAAUCUAUCUAAGAAUAAAAUUAGCAAUUAUGUCUUACAAAUGAGCAUUGAACAAUUAGUUGCCAAUUUCUACCCCUACUUGCUAUUGGUUGAACUUUGUGUUGAUAAAAAUCUCUUCUCUCAAUCACUUUUAUUUAAUUACUUUUCCAAGCAAACAAAAUUCAAAAGAAACGCAUUCCCAACUUUAAUCCUUAGUUUGUGCUUAAUUAUUUUAUUUCCCGCUUCUCUGUGGUUCGACACCCUACUUCCUUGGGUAAAAAAAUAGUUGUGUGCCCAUUAUAUGCUACACACCAAUGAGUCAUCUAGUUCUUUAAAUAAAGGUAAUUUCCUUGAAUUACUAGAAUGGUAUAGUCAAAGAAAUGAAGAGGUUGCUAAGACAUUGAAUGAGAAUGCUCCCAGAAAUAAUCAAAUGACAUCUCCAAAAAAUCAAAAAGAAUUAACUAAUGCUUGUGCAUUUGAAGUCACACGAGUUAUUCUUGAAGAUAUUAGAGAUAAUGUAUUUACUCUUAUGGUUGAUGAAUGUAGAGAUGUUUCAGUUAAGGAGCAAAUGGGAGUUGUUUUGAGAUAUGUGGAUAAACGUGGAUAUGUGAUUGAACGUUUCCUUAGCAUUGUGCAUGUUACUGAUACUUCUGCUAUUUCUUUGAAAAGUGCUGUUGAUGAGUUGUUUUCAAAGCAUAAAUUGUCUUUAUCAAAACUCAGAGGUCAAGGAUAUGAUGGCGCUUCAAAUAUGAGAGGUGAGUACAAUGGAUUAAAUGCUCUCAUAUUGAAGGAAAAUCCUUCAGCAAGGUAUGUGCAUUGCUUUUCUCACCAACUUCAACUAGUUGUUGUUGCUGUUGCUAAGUUUAAUCGAAUUGUGUGUGACUUUUUCCAAUAUGUUAUUAUGCUUGUGAAUGUCACCGGUGCUUCUUGUAAAAGAAAAGAUAGACUUAGACAAAUAGAGCAUGACAGACUAGUUGAGAGUUUGGAGAAGGGAGAGAUAGUAAGUGGGAAAGGGAAAAAUCAAGAAGUAAGUUUGAGAAGAUCGGGGGAUACUCGUUGGGGUUCACACUACAUAACUAUUGUGCGUUUGAUGUCUAUGUGGACUUCGGUUUUAAAAGCACUUGAAAAUGUGCAUGAUGAUGGAGCUACCGAGGAGCGGGGUAUGGCUUCAAGUUUAAUCAACAAGAUGGAGAAUUGUGAAUUUGUCUUCGUUAUGCAUUUAAUGAUGUAUUUGUUUGGAAUUACUAAUGAGUUGUCUCUUGCGUUGCAACAAAAAGAUCAAAAUAUAGUUUUGGCAAUCAACUUGAUUGGGACAAUGAAAGUUAGAUUGCAAGAAUUCCGAGAUAAUGGGUGGGAGACUCUUUUAGAAGAAACAAAUACAUUUUGUGAAAAAGUCAACAUCCCGAUCUUAAACAUGGAAGAAGAAGUACUAAUUCGUGGGCGUAGUAGACGAAGCGGAAACACGACCACAAAUUUGAUUCACUUUCGCGGCGGAAUCUUUUGUGAGGUUGUUGACAAGAUGAUUGUGGAGAUGAAUAAUCGUUUUUCAGAAGCAAGUACUGAGUUACUUACUUGUAUUGCAUGUCUUGAUCCAAGAAAUUCUUUCUAUCAAUUUGACAUUGAUAAACUGAUUCAUAUGGCUGAAAUGUAUGCGGAAGACUUUUCUUCUACCGAUCGUUUUAUGCUUAAGCAACAACUUCAGACAUACAUUCAUGCCGUAAAGAGUCAAAGUCAAUUUCAUGCAAAUGAAGAUCUGGGAAGUCUUGCCAAACAAAUGGUUGAAAGUGGCAUGAACCUUGUGUUUUCUUUGGUAUAUCGUCUUAUUGAGUUGGCGUUAGUUUUACCGGUUGCAACAGCUUCAGUUGAAAGAGUCUGUUCUGGCAUGAAAAUCAUCAAGACAGAUUUACGGAGUAGAAUGGGAGAUGAAUGGAUGAAUGAUAGUUUGGUGAUCUACAUGGAGAAGGAAAAUUUUUCCAAGAUUGAAAAUGAAGCAAUUUUGCAACGUUUUCAAUGUAUGCAAACACGCCGUACGCAAUUGUCUAAAUUGGCUUCUUCUUCUAACAUUUAAUUGUAAUGUAAUGUACUAUUCUCACAAAUUUUAUAUUAUGUAAACUUUAAUAGCAAUUUAUAUUUUUGAA